AUGGUAAUGACGUGUUUGUGUGCAAGCAGCGUAUUAAUGGCAAAUGGUUUUUCAGCGUUUCACAUAAAAAUGAUGUCUCUUCUUAUUAUAGUGGUUUCUCAGUUCUUUUUCUACUGCUUGAUUGGUGAACAAUUUUCUACGAUGAACAAACAACUUGGGGAUUGCGUCUAUUUUAAGCUAGUAAAAUGCAAGGAUCCAAAAUUAGCACGAGUCGGUCUUUUAAUAAUUCUGAGAACACAAAAACCGUUACAAUUAACUACGAUGGGCAUCACCAAGUACACAGCUUCGCUGUUCACAUUUACAGUCACGAUGAGGUCUGCUUAUGCAGGAUUCAAUGUGCUGUACAAUUCUUCAUGA